AUGCUCGCCUGGAAACCCUCCCCGGGACCCGUCUACUCGCUCAUCACCGGCGCAUGGUCAGCUCUUGGCCUGCCGAGGCCGCCAAUUCAGUACAUCACUUGGGUACCGGGACAGUCGCCAAUGAGCACCUACAAGGAGGUGGUUGCGGCAAUUGGAACCUACUUGCUGGUUAUUUUCGGAGGCAGGGAGUUGAUGCGAAACCGCCCAGCAUUUAAGCUCACCGGCCCCUUCCAGGUUCACAACAUCUACCUCACCGUCGGCUCGCUCCUAGUGCUCCUCUGCAUGCUGGAAGAAAUUCUUCCCCUCUACCUCAAGCAUGGCGCGUAUCACUCCAUCUGCAGCCCCAAGAUGUUCACACCGCGUCUCGUCACCUACUACAUGAUCAACUACUACAUCAAGUAUGUUGAGCUGAUUGACACCGUCUUCCUCGUCCUCAAGAAGAAGCCGCUGCAAUUCCUCCACGUGUUCCACCACGCCGCGACCGCUAUCCUCUGCUUCACCCAGCUUGAGGGCGAGACCUCGGUCCAAUGGGUUGUCAUUGUGCUCAACUUGACCGUCCACGUCAUCAUGUACUAUUACUACUACGCCACGGCCGGAGGAGCCAAGAUCUGGUGGAAACGCUACCUCACGACCAUGCAAAUAACACAAUUCAUCAUCGACAUCUCGAUCGGUCAAGCUAAUCUUCCCGCAGCAUACAACCACUUUGGCUACACCUUCGGGAAGGGCUAUCUGCCCAUUGUUGGCGACUGUGCGGGAAGCGAGGGCGCUGCGCUCUUUGGUUGUGGUCUCCUGACCAGCUACCUGUUCCUCUUCAUUGCCUUCUACCGCAAUACAUACAAGAAGGCGUGA